AUUGUGGACCUUUCCCGCAUCGCAUCUGAAAGACCAGUAGCUUUCACAUGCUUCUCCUCCCAUUCCGUUGCGCAUCGUAACGUCAUCCUUUCAUGUUGACCCUUGGGUCUGGCCCGGUAUUUCAUCUCGGAGACUUUCCCUCCUCCUCCGGCGUGUCUUCUCCAGUGAGUCGGGCUCUCCCGAAGCCUGAGCGAAAGAAAUACGAAGCAAAGUCAGAUACUCGCACCCAGAAAUUGAACCAAAUGUUGUGCACGGAUCUUGAGGCUAUGCCGGUGGAGCGACCGCUUCGGAUAGCAUUUUAUAUUAGUGGACAUGGUUUCGGACAUGCUACACGGGCAACGGUCACCAUCCGGUAUCUUCUCGAGCUAGGCCACUAUGUCACCAUCGUGAGCUCGGCGCCAUCCUUCAUUUUCCUGGGCUUGCUCGAAGAAUACCUCAGCUGCACAUUAAGGAGCAUCGCGACUUUGGAUCCCGGUGUGGUGCAGAGAGACCCCGUCACGGUGGAUGUGGACGAGACAAUGCGGCAAUUGGAGCUGUUUCUGGAAAGCGCGGAGACCGUAAAGGAACAGGAGGCAGUGUGGAUGGAAAAUGAGCGGUUGGACGUAGUGUGCUUGGAUGCACCGUUUUUGCCAGCGGUUGUUGCAAAGCAAGUGGGCAUUCCUUCCGUCAUGAUCACCAACUUCACCUUCGACGCCAUCUUCUCCGCCAUCGGAACCACGGAUCACCACAAACGGCUGGUUCAACAGUGUGCAGAGAUGUACGCAGACGCAGACUACCUCCUCCGCAUGCCUGGCCACAUCCCAAUACCAUCCUUCCAAGAUCGCCCAUCACAAACCAUCGAACUUCCCCUCAUCGUCCGCAAAGCACGCAUGCCGCCCGCCCAAGUCCGCAGGACUCUCGACAUCCCCCCAUCAGCGCCAUGCGUCCUGAUUACCUUCGGCGGCUUCGAGAUCGGCGGGGACGCGCUCACGGCAGUGCAGGUUCUUCCGGACGGCUGGUACGGCCUGGUGGCCUGCCCCUUUGCGGGUGUCGACGCCUCCGGCCGUCUGCGCCGCAUUCGGACCGAGAAAUGGUACAUGCCAGAUUUGCUCAACGCGGCGGAUGUAGUUCUUGGCAAAUGCGGGUAUGGAACGUGCUCCGAGGUGGUCGCUCACAACGUACCACUUGUGUACGUGCCGCGAUCCGGCUUUGCGGAGGAGGAAGGCCUGGUGGAGAAUCUGAUGAAGCCGUACGGAUGCAGCGUCGAGAUGCCGCAGUCAGAUUUCUACAAGGGGAAUUGGGCGGAAUACAUUUUGCGGGCUGCCGAGCUGCAGGACUCGGAGAGUAUUAGGCAUAGAAUUGAGGACGAUGGUGAGGCCCUCGCGAGCGAGCUGGUCGUGUCAAUUGCGAGGAACGGACUGGUGGUAUAGACGGUGAUGGCUUCUUCCUCCCUUCUGCAUGCUUAAACUACAAUAGAGUAUCUCAGGACUUUUUGGACAUUUAUCGCUUUUCAUUGCUUUGAUCAUGGGCUCGAUAAUGUGUAUGGUACACUUCUCCCUGAUUUCCAACGAACGUCCGAGUCAUGUUACUGCUUUCGGCCGGA